AUGGUAGUACAGACAGCUGUGACUCCGGGUAGGACUCGAAGACUUUUAUUCAAAAUACCAUAUGGAUCACUGAGGAGACGCAGUGUGGAAAGGAUGACGGAGGGCCGCAGAUGCCAAGUGCACCUCCUUGACGACAGGAAGCUGGAGCUCCUCGUUCAGCCAAAGCUUUUGGCCAAGGAGUUGCUUGACUUGGUGGCUUCUCAUUUCAACCUGAAGGAGAAGGAGUACUUCGGAAUUGCAUUCACAGAUGAAACGGGACACUUGAACUGGCUUCAGCUGGACCGCCGGGUGCUGGAACAUGACUUCCCAAAAAAGUCAGGACCGGUUGUUUUGUACUUUUGUGUCAGGUUCUACAUUGAAAGCAUCUCCUAUCUAAAGGACAAUGCCACCAUUGAGCUGUUUUUCUUGAACGCCAAGUCCUGCAUCUACAAGGAACUCAUUGAGGUUGACAGUGAAGUGGUGUUCGAACUGGCUGCAUACAUCUUGCAGGAGGCAAAGGGAGAUUUUUCAAGCAAUGAAGUUGUAAGGAAUGAAUUAAAGAAGCUGCCAGCCCUUCCAACACCAGCGCUGAAGGAGCAUCCUUCCCUCGCUUACUGUGAGGAUCGAGUCAUUGAACAUUACAAGAAACUAAAUGGUCAGACAAGAGGUCAAGCAAUUGUGAAUUACAUGAGCAUUGUAGAAUCCCUCCCAACAUAUGGAGUGCAUUAUUAUGCAGUAAAGGACAAACAGGGAAUUCCUUGGUGGUUAGGACUUAGCUACAAGGGGAUUUUUCAAUAUGACUACCAUGACAAAGUGAAACCAAGAAAGAUCUUCCAAUGGAGGCAGCUGGAGAACCUCUAUUUCCGCGAGAAGAAGUUCUCGGUGGAGGUGCACGACCCGCGCAGGGCAUCUGUGACCAGGAGGACUUUUGGGCAUAGUGGCAUCGCUGUGCAUACGUGGUACGCCUGUCCAGCACUAAUAAAGUCUAUCUGGGCUAUGGCCAUUAGUCAACAUCAGUUCUACCUGGACAGAAAGCAAAGCAAGUCCAAGAUUCAUGCUGCAAGAAGCCUGAGUGAGAUUGCGAUUGACCUGACCGAAACUGGAACGCUCAAGACCUCAAAGCUGGCCAACAUGGGUAGUAAAGGCAAAAUUAUCAGCGGCAGCAGCGGGAGUCUUCUGUCAUCAGGUUCCCAAGAGUCAGAUAGUUCUCAGUCUGCCAAGAAAGACAUGCUGGCUGCACUGAAAUCCAGGCAAGAAGCUUUGGAAGAGACACUGCGCCAACGCUUGGAAGAGCUAAAGAAACUGUGUCUCCGAGAAGCGGAGCUUACAGGAAAGCUGCCACGAGAAUACCCCCUAGAUCCUGGGGAGGAGCCGCCUAUUGUAAGGAGAAGAAUAGGAACUGCCUUUAAACUGGAUGAGCAGAAAAUCCUGCCUAAGGGAGAGGAGGCAGAGCUGGAGCGCCUGGAGAGGGAGUUUGCCAUUCAGUCCCAGAUCACGGAGGCUGCCCGGCGCCUGGCGAGCGACCCAAACGUCAGCAAAAAGCUGAAGAAACAGAGGAAGACAUCCUACCUGAACGCACUGAAGAAACUGCAGGAAAUUGAAAACGCCAUCAAUGAGUAUCGCAUCAAAUCUGGAAAGAAGCCAACCCAGAGAGCCUCCCUGAUCAUAGAUGAAGGAAACAUUGCCAGUGAAGACAGCUCCCUCUCGGAUGCCCUUGUUCUCGAGGAUGAGGAUUCUCAGGUCACCAGCACAAUAUCCCCUCUCCAGUCCCCACACAAAGCUCCUCCCCGGCCACCCUUGCACAACAGGCCUCCUCCUCCGCAGUCACUGGAAGGCCUCCGCCAAAUGCAUUACCACCGCAAUGACUAUGACAAGUCCCCCAUCAAACCCAAGAUGUGGAGCGAGUCAUCCUUGGAUGAACCCUAUGAGAAGGUCAAGAAACGCUCCUCACACAGUCAUUCCAGCAGUCACAAGCGGUUCCCCAGCACCGGGAGCUGUGCCGAGGCAGGAGGGAGCAGCUCGCUGCAGAACAGCCCCAUCCGGAGCCUUCCCCACUGGAACUCCCAGUCCAGCAUGCCGUCAACACCGGAUCUACGGGUACGCAGUCCGCACUACGUCCACUCCACGCGGUCAGUAGACAUCAGCCCAACCAGACUGCACAGCUUAGCUCAGCACUUUAGACACCGGAGCUCCAGUUUGGAGUCACAAGGCAAGCUCCUCGGCUCAGAAAAUGAGACAGGGAGCCCCGAUUUCUACACCCCAAGGACUCGUAGCAGUAACGGCUCUGACCCCAUGGACGACUGCUCUUCCUGCACCAGCCAUUCCAGCUCUGAGCACUACUACCCCGCUCAGAUGAACCCCAACUACUCCACCCUGGCAGAGGAUUCCCCGUCGAAAGCCAGAGAGCGGCAGAGGCAAAGGCACAAAUCAGCGGGCAACCUGGUCUCUUCCAAUUCAGGGAGUAUGCCCAACCUGGCUGCGAGGAACGGGACAGGGCACCACCGCGUCUAUCUGCACAGCCAGAGCCAGCCCUCCUCCCAGUACAGGAUCAAAGAGUAUCCCCUGUACAUCGAGGGCAGCUCCACACCCGUGGUGGUGCGGAGCCUGGAGAACGACCAGGAGGGACACUACAGCGUGAAAGCACAAUUCAAAACCUCCAACUCCUACACAGCGGGGGGGAUGUUUAAGGAGAACUGGCAUGGGGAUGAAGUGGACUCCGUCAGGCUCACCCCCUCCCGCUCCCAAAUCAUAAGGACUCCAUCUCUGGGCAGGGAGGGCCACGAGAAAGGCUCGGGUAGGACUGCCGUGUCGGACGAGCUGCGGCUCUGGUACCAGCGGUCCACGGCCUCGCACAAGGAGCACAGCCGCCUCUCGCACACGAGCUCCACUUCCUCAGACAGCAGCUCGCAGUACAGCACAUCUUCGCAAAGCACCUUUGUGGCGCACAGCCGGGUCACGAGAAUGCCUCAGAUGUGUAAAGCAACAUCAGCUGCCUUACCUCACAGCCAGAGGAGUUCAACACCGUCGAGUGAACUAGCAGCCACGCCGCCGGGCAGUCCCCACCACAUUCUCGCAUGGCAGACUGGAGAAGCAACAGACAACUCACCCACUAUGGAUGAGUCUCAGUCUCCAACCCACCAAAGUACUGAUGAAUAGAGGAGCUACAACGAUAGCUGUUUCCUGGAUUCUCC